AUGCCUGCAACAAAGCUGCCCACAAGCCCUUACACCCUCAAUACGGAUGAAUUAGAGCUGUACCUUCAGCGUAUUCGAUAUGCCGACAACGCCGCUCCGACGGCUGCUGGGCAUCCACGCCUAGAACAACUCCGCAGGUCGAUGGAAGAUGAUUUACUGACAGCCCUAACAGAAUUGCAACGGCGGCAUCUGGCUGCAAUCGCCUGGGGAAAUACGGCUCUACACUACUCAAACCACCAUUCGAUCUCAAUCCAUCCUGCCUGUGUUUUCAAGAAGCUGGUGGUCCGUUGCCUUGAUGGGUACUGUAUGGAGAACACCAAUCUCCUCUACAUGGUACUUUGCUCGCUCGGAUAUCAGGUGUAUGCGACCGGAGGCCGAGUGAGUCGUGCUGUCGUUACUGGAGAUUCAACUGAGGACGGUUAUAUAUCCUUGAGCCACAUGAUUCUAAUCGUGACUAUCGCCGGCAACAAGUACAUGGUUGAUGUCGGUCUCGGCCGUAACACUCCCACCAGUCCUUUCUUGCUGCAAGAGAACAACACAGCCCCACUAAUCGCGCCGAGCGAUAUGUCCUUAAUCAGGGCACCUCUUGCAGACUUCAUCGAUCAAACCCAGAAGGUCUGGGUCUAUCAAGCUCGGAAGGACCCUUACAACCCGUGGAUCCCGCAAUACUCGUUCUCUGAGAUUGAAUUCCUCUUCGAGGAUUUCACCAUGAUCAACUUUUUUACGAGCAAGAGUCGCGCAAUGUUGUUCACGCAGAAACUGGCGUGUACCCGAGUCAUCCUGGAUGAGCAACACCUUGAUCCUAUUGGGAUCUACAUCCUGGCUGGGAGAGAAGUUAAGAGAGUGCUUCAUGGGAAGACCGAGACGUUGCAGGAGUUGAAAACGGAGGAGGAUAGAGUCAGUGCAUUGGCCGAGUAUUUCAACAUGCAGUUUCAUGCUCAUGAGGUUGAGGGUAUUCGCGGGCUACCAUCUGAGAUCAAACCUAGGUAG